GUGCUACAUGCAAAAGGAAAUUGGAAAAUUCCAGAAAAAGAAAGAAGGGACUCAAUUGAAGAAAUUAAAAGUUGGAGGGAUCCUCUGCACCGAGCCAUCAUCGCCCCCUCGCACGCCCAGCUCUACACCGAGCUCUGCACGCCCGAGCCUCGCCCCUGCACCAGCCUGCGCCCUUGCUCCCUACUCUGCGCCAGCAAUCAUGCCCUCUGCACCGAGCCAUGCCCCUGCCUCUGCUCGCUACAGUACAUGCCAGAAAAUCUUCAUCAUUAUUGAUUGACAGAAGGCUUUUUUUUUAUUAUUUUUAUCUUUUAUUUGGGUAUAUAUAUAGAGAAAAAUCAGAUUGAAAGGGGGGUUGGUUAGUUUUUUGAAGUUUGAUAGAGAGGAGAGGUCGGUAUUGAUUUUAUGGUUGGUUGAUUUUGGGUCUGUUUUGUUGGGGAGUUUCGGCUGAGCUUCGAGAGCAAUAGAAGGGGUUUUUCUUUGGUUUGAGCUUGGUGCUGACGGCGGUUGAAAGGGAGGCUAAUUUCUCUGUGUUUGCUUCUACUUUAGGUAAUUUCUUAACAGAGGAGCCUUCUGGGAAUGGUGGUGAAGGGGACGAUGGGAGCCUGGUCCCGUGGGUGGGAUCCCUCCCAUCAGAUCUGGAUCCAUCUUACCCAAAAAGCUCUGCCGUGGGUGUUUUUCUUAUUUUGGUGAAUAUUUCUGCAUCUUUUUGUUUAAUGUUCAAGCCUGUACAUGUUCCGUUUGAAAUUGAAUGAAAAAUCAAAAAAAAA